CACUUGAUUCUAGCUAAGCUUGUGUUUAUUGGAGUGGGAUGUAGGUGGCUUCAAUCGUGAUGUGUUUAUAUUUGCAUUUUACACUUUUAAGUUUUAUAAUAUAAUGAAUAAAUCACGUGUCAUCAAAUAAAAGUGAUUCAAAAUUAGAAAUGAUACUGAAAACUUUGCUUGUUUUUAUUUUAUUAAUUAUAUGUGUGGAAUUCGUCUUUGCGUUUGAUAAUUUCAAUCUCACUUUAAAGAAUGAUGGUCCUGCUAUAUUGGAUUCUCAAAUUAGAUUUUAUGCAACAAUAGAUGAUCCUGAUUAUUUACAUGAAUUUGUUUUUCAAGACAAUACAGUAUUCAAACAAGGUAUUCAAACAAAAUGACACUUUCAGGAGGACAAAGUGUCAACUAUACUUAUAAGUAUGAAAGUGGAAAAUAUCAAGCAGGUGUUUAUACAAUGAAGGUGAAAGUACACAGACAUCAUGAAAGGAUGGUUGCUUUUGGAGAAAUGAAAUUUAAUUUAACAGAAAAUAUGGUUGGUGAAAUAAUUGUCCAGCAAGAUGAUUUUGAAGAUAAUGAAGCUUUUGCCGUGAACAAGUUGAUCAACUUCACUGCUGUAAUUUAUGAUCCAAAUGGAUUUUUUUUGGACAGGCAGCUAUUAUAUUUUUGGGAUAUUAAUAAUAAAAAAAUUGUCAAUGAAGGAAGCACUUUUUUAUAUAAUUUUACUACAGCUGGAGACUAUAGAAUCUCAGUGAUGAUUAUUGCAAUAGGUUUAGAUGGUGAUGAAAAUUUUCAAGACAAAUUUAAGACUAAGUGGGGUCAUUUUACAAAAGAUAUAACUGUUAAGGGUAAGAAACUAUUUUUAUUAUUUUAUAUGUUUGUAAGUUUUACAUAG